GCAAAAGCUACGGUCUUGUUCUGUAUUUGGUUACGGACACGGCGUGUACCAUUCCCACAGAAACAAAACGCCGGAGAAAGUUGCGGAAACCAAAAGACGGCGGAGAGAGAUCCGGCGGCUACGACGGCAACGCGGAUUUAUUUCCCCGAGCAGAAGAUUGUUCUCACAACCAAUCAAGAAGAAAAUUAAAGGCAGCGUGUUACUUGAUAGGUUUUAAGCUGCAUAUGUGCUCGGGCUCGAUUUCAGAGCUGUGUUUCCUCAAUCUUGGAAGGAAAUCUAGCCUGGGAGGAGGAGAUAAACAAAUUUCUUCAGUCUGGAACAGUGAUUUUUGAUGCCUGCAGAAUUUCACCUGCUUUGAAGUCUGGAAGUUCACAAUGGGAAAAGUGGAAAGGAUCCUCUACACUGUUUUAAUGGAAACUCAGCAACAAGGAGAGUCUCUUGUUGGGACUAUAAGGAUUGCAGUUUUACCCAUAGCAAAGGUUUUUACUGUUUGUUUCUUGGGAUUUCUUCUGGCGCAUUUUAAGAUCUUACCUGCUAAUGGGAGGAAGCUUUUAAAUGGGUUGGUUUUCUCACUUUUGCUUCCGUGCUUGAUAUUCUCACAACUUGGACAAGCAAUCAAUUUAGAGAAAAUGACUGAAUGGUGGUUCAUUCCUUUUAAUGUUGUUCUGGCUACCAUAUCAGGCUCCCUCAUAGGCCUACUUGUUGCAUCCAUUGUUCAUCCACCAUACCCAUUCUUCAAGUUCACAAUCAUACAUAUAGGAAUUGGAAAUAUUGGGAAUGUGCCGCUAGUCCUGAUUGCGGCUUUAUGUCGAGAUAAGGCAAAUCCUUUUGGAGACUCUGACAAAUGUGCCCAAGAUGGGAAUGCAUAUAUCUCAUUUGGUCAAUGGGUUGGUGCAAUUAUACUAUAUACCUACGUUUUCAAUAUGCUCGCACCUCCUCCUGAAGGCACCUUUGAUGUUGAGGACAGGAAUCUUCCUAUCAAGAACAUUUCCAAGGAUGACAAUCCAGAGCAAGUCCACCUUCUCCAGCAGGAAUCUGUACCUAUUAGUUCAGAUGUGCACAGGAAAGAAAAGAUCAAAGAUUUCUUCAAGUUUCUGUAUGAGAAAUUUAAGGUCAAGCAGAUCCUUCAACCCCCCAUCAUUGCUUCUAUUCUAGCAAUGGUUAUUGGAUGUGUACCAUUUUUGAAGCGAUUAAUUUUUACCACUGAUGCUCCCCUAUAUUUCUUCACUGACAGCUGCACAAUUCUAGGGGGUGCAAUGAUCCCGUGCAUUUUGUUGGCAUUGGGUGGGAACCUUACAGAUGGCCCAGGGAGUUCAAAGCUUGGUCUGAGGACAACUGCUGCUAUUAUUUUCGGGCGGUUGGUUUUAGUUCCUCCUGCUGGACUUGGCAUAGUCACUUUGGCUGACAAGCUUGGCCUCCUUCCCCCCGAUGACAAGAUGUUCAGAUUUGUCCUCCUCCUCCAGUAUACCAUGCCGACAUCUGUGCUUUCUGGUGCCGUCGCCAAUUUGAGAGGGUGCGGGAGAGAAGCAGCAGCCGUGUUGUUUUGGGUUCACAUCUUCGCGAUUAUUUCCAUGGCCGGAUGGAUCGUCCUCUACCUCCACAUACUUUUCUAAACAAAUGCUUGGAAGUGGGUGGUGUGUAAUUACUUCCAUCUUUGCAAGGAGCUCUCUUGGCUCAUCCUCCAGUUACUGCUGCUGCUGCUGCUAUAUCAUAUCAUAUGCAUCUUUGCCGGUUUGUGUUGCCCUGACGCCGAGAAAUGUUUGCUAAAUUUUUUGGUCACCGGCCAUUGUGCCCCAUAUAUCGCAUUGACGUGCAAAACGAAUUGUAGAUUUAUACUACGUGAUUCCGCCCCUCGAUGCUAAAAUGUGGGGAGGUCUCCAAGUUCUGGUCUGACUAGUAGAAUUAUAUCCUUUGGCUGUUUUGAGCCCUAAAUUUAAAUAAAUAAAUAUAUAUUUUUUUCA